AUGCGCUGGAUCGCCCCCUCCCUUGUGGCAUCCCUUGCCCUCGUCCCCUCUGUAACGGCCCAUUGGAACCUCGCCUCGCUCAUCGUCAACGGUGAAGUUACCGAAGAGUACCAAUAUGUCCGCCGUACAAAGAACAGCAACAGCCCAGUACAAGACGUCACAUCCACCGACAUAAUCUGCAACAACGGUGGAAUCGACGACGACGUCCUCGCCGAGACCGAAACGUACGAAGUCGCACCGGGAGACCAGGUCGGCUUCACGGUCCGCGAUCUCUGGGGACACCCGGGCAUCCAGCAGGUAUACCUCAGCAAGGCGCCGGAGACAGCAAAGACGUACAAGGGCGACGGCGACUGGUUCAAGAUUUACUCGCUCACGACCUCGAACCUGACCUCUGAUCCGAUCACCUGGGCUCCGUUCGAAGACAAUGUCGGUAUCAAAAGCUUUGUCUUUAACCUGCCCGAGGACCUGCCUGCGGGCGAGUAUCUAAUGCGCGGUGAGGGUUUAGCCCUGCAUGGCGCCGGUGAGUUCGGCGGCGCACAAUUCUACAUUGGCUGUGCGCAGAUCAAGGUCACCGGCAGUGGUAGUGGAACCCCAGGUCCCACCGUACAGUUCCCCGGCGCCUACACUGGAAACGAACCGGGUAUCCUCGUGGGAAUGUACUGGCCACCUCUCCGAAACUACACGGCCCCUGGCCCGGCCGUGUGGCCCAAUGACUGCGAAGACCACACGCCCAACACGCUUGAGAGCCCGGACGACGGCGAUUGCACGCCCUUGCCCGCCGGCGCUGAAGGUGACGGGAGUUCUGAGAGCCCCGAGACUCCGACGACGACCUCUUCCACAGCCCCUUCGAGUCCUGCUACUACCUCUGUUCCCUCGCCUGCUUCGACGCCUUCCAGUCCUUCUACCUCUUCGGCAUCUACUGUUCCCUCGAGCACUUCGACUCCGGUGCCUGAUGAGAGUAACAAGGGUGGCCAGGAAUGCUCACGCCGUCGUCGCAGACGCCGCCAUGUGCAGUAGAAUGCCCGUUUCUUUCUUCUUUACUCCUUCCACAAUGGGAUUUGGAGGAUUUCAAUUUUUCUUUUCUCCUUAGAGAAGGCGCCUUUACAGCAUAGGGUUCGACUAUGGAAGGAUCACGACGCUGGACAAACUACCAAAGCGCCCUCUACUACCAACGCCUGCCCCUUUUUCACCGUCUGUUUCUUUUGAUGUACUAUAGUCCAGAAUAUACCUCCCAUGUCUGGAGGCCCAGUCCACGCUGGACAGUCCAAGACGCAUCUUUCAUAUGCCCGCCUCCCAUUAGUAGUUAUUCCGACCUUA